GGUGACAGUGGCGGGCCUUUAAUCCGCGUGAGGGACGACAAAAGGUACGAGUUGAUCGGAGUCGUCUCCUUCGGUUACGGCUGUGGACGGCCCGGGUACCCUGGCGUCUACACAAGGGUCAACCACUACGUCCAGUGGAUCAAAGAACACACCAGAGAAGGAUGUUAUUGUGCUGAUGGCUGAACUUCACCAUUUAAUUUUGCCAGCGAUAAGCGCUUACCCACAACUUGAGCUCAAAAUUCAGUAAAACCCUAGUUGAGGAGAAAUCAGCAAGUCACAUCAGGUUUCGCUUGUUAAAUACACUGUUAAAAUUACAGUAGUGAAAUCUGGAGUGGAUUACACUCUGCGGGCUGAUUAUUAAGUUGUUACAGGACCUUUUUCUUACCAAUUGUUCCAAAUUGUUGAUGCUUUCACUUUUAGCAUCAACAAUUUGGAAAAAUCAGUAAGAAAUAGACUCUAUAACAACUUGAUAUUUAUGACCGAUAAAUUUAAUAAAAGAAGUGGGACUGAUUAUUAUUAAAAUUGACAGAAAGAGGAGACAAAGAAAAAUUGAGGAGAUCUUAUUAUUGGAAGUUCAUGGUUCCAAUGUACAAAGGAGGUAGGUAUGUAAUAGACUAACAAACAGCAAUCUACUUAUACUAGGGACCCUAAAGUUGGACCGCGUUAAACAGAAAGGAAC